UUAAACUGGAUUUUCCCUGGAAAGAUAAAUCUGAAGGGAGUGGGAUAUGGACUGGCAAUUUUGUGUGUGGAUGAUGAUGAUGAUGAUGAUAAUAAUAAUAAUAAAUAUCAUGAGGAGCACUGUUCACACAAUAAGCUCUCAUCUCAAGGCACCUCUAUAUGGUCAACUGUGUUCUAUGCUGCCAAAAAAGCCACAGAGUAACAAUUGAGGGCGGUGGGGGGGGGCACACACACACAAAAACACCUGUGUUGUGGCAUGAGUGAACUCAACUGGAGAAGUUUUGACUCCUUUCCAGAUAGCCAUUUCCCUAUUAAACAGAAGUCUGCUUAACCGCAUUGCAUAUGUGUGUUCAUUUUUAUUUUUCCCACUAAAAUGAACACACUUUAAGUUCAUUGCUUAAGCAUGAAAUGGACUUGUACAAAAUUUAAAGGGCAGGAGGCUUGUUUGGUUUGGCAAAAAAACAAUGAUUUUCACCUCCUUCCCUGAAUUCCGGUAGCAAUCCCAUGUGAAGAAUGUUAUUUAUGACUUCAGUUAUUGUCUGAAUUAAAACAAGGAAAUCCUAUAGUAAGUGGCUGACAGGCCCUCUAUUCUUAGAGCUCUGUUUCCCCCUCCCUUAUUUUUUUUUAUUGCCCUUGAUAUCUCUUCUGAUAACCCUCUUCCCAUGUAAACGCCACCUUGUAGAGUGGUAGGGACAGCUGGAUCAUAGCCUCUGUCUCUUGACUUACACUAUUGUUUUAAGAUUAGUGUGUUAAGCUCUUGUUUCCUAGUGAUGCUCCAUCCCAUGACAAGGCUAUGCUUCCCUUGGUGUUGGCUGAUGGCAAGCUGUGCUUCAACUUCCUUGUGGACCAGGUGCUUAAGAAUGUGAUUGUUUUGUUGGACUCAGGUAGAGGAAGCUUAUGUAUAUGUAUAUGUAUGUGUAUGUUCCCCGUCUCUCCCUUUACAGGAUCUGUAAAGUUUGAAAAGUGAAGGCAAGAUACCGUAUCUAGGGAGUCCUGAUUUUGGUAUAAUUCAGCUGCGAUGGGUAAAGAAAAGAAGAAAGACAGUAAGAAAGGAGACAAGUCUUUGCCUCCUCCUCCUCCUGCACACGAGCCACCAGUAGAACCUGCUACUUCUGUACCGAGCAUCCCACUGGAUCAAGUGGAUGAACAGCAGGCAGCCCAAACAGUUCCCCAAGAAGAGUUGAAAGAGGCAGUGGCACUUCCACCCCCAGAACCCAUUUUGUAUGAGGAGCCUAUUCUGACUCAGCUCAUCGUUGAAAGCUACGAAGGAGAAAAAAUCUGUGGGUUAUAUGAGGGAGAAGGAACAGCUCAUUUUCAAGGAGGCAAUGUAUACAAGGGCAUGUUUUCUGAAGGCCUCAUGCAUGGACAAGGAACAUACACAUGGGCUGAUGGAGUGAAAUAUGAGGGAAACUUUGUAAAGAACCUACAAAUGCAUCAUGGCAGUUACACCUGGCCAGAUGGCAGCGUCUAUGAAGGAGAGGUAAAGAGCGGGAUCAGGCAUGGCUUUGGCAUGUACAAGUGUGGCACCUACCCUGUUUCGUACAUCGGCCAGUGGGUCGAAGGCAAAAGGCAUGGCAAGGGCACCAUUUAUUACAACAAGGAAGGUUCUUCCUGGUAUGAAGGGGACUUCGUAUUCAAUGUAAAAUGUGGAUGGGGAAUAAGAUGUUAUAAAUCUGGGAAUAUCUAUGAAGGCCAGUGGGAGAGGGACAUGCGUCAUGGAGAAGGGAGGAUGCGGUGGCUCACGACAAAUCAGGAAUAUACCGGGCAGUGGGUUAAUGGCAUACAGCACGGCUAUGGUACCCACACUUGGUACCUGAAGAGAAUACCCGGAUCACAAUACCCCCUAAGGAAUGAAUACGUGGGAGAUUUUGUCAGUGGGGACCGCCAUGGACAUGGGAAGUUCUUCUUUGCCAGUGGAGCAAUGUAUGAUGGGCAGUGGGUUUACAAUAAGAAGCAAGGCAUGGGUAAGCUUGUGUUCAAGAAUGGCCGUGUUUAUGAAGGCGAGUUUAUAGAUGACCAUAUGGCAGAAUAUCCAUCUUUUCAAAUUGACAUCAUGAAUAACCAAGAUCUGAGUGGAAUUCGGACGACGUGUCCCUUUGGCAAUGAGAGUAUCAAAGUUGUCGAUGGCCCAGAUAGUACAUCUGCAGUGGGAACGAAUAUAGAAAUAGAUAUAUCAACCUUGUUGGCUAUAUUUCCAGAAGAAAACAGGGAGGAAGAAAUCAAACAGACAGAGUUUGCUGUGUUGAGAUAUAUCUCAGAACUGAGGCGAAUCUACACCUUCUACAGCAGCUUAGGAUACGACCAUUCUCUGGAUAACACCUUCCUGAUGACGAAGCUUCAGUUCUGGCGAUUUCUAAAGGACUGCAGAUUCCACCACUGCAACCUUACGCUUGCCGAUAUGGAUAGGAUCCUGAACGAUAAAACAUUACUUGAAGAGAUUCACUCUCCAUAUGAGACUUUGCUACUCCGAAUGUUUUUGACAUAUCUCAUCUAUUUGUCAUUCCACAUCUAUCAUAAAGAGUUUGACAAUACGAGCCCCCGCCUCUUCAAGUGCUUCUGCAAGUUGAUGGUCAAGAAUAUCUGUCCUAACGCCUGCCAAAUAAAAGGCAUCUUGUUCAGCGAACGGCAACAAACAGUCUACGCAAUCAAUUACAUUGACAAGUGUUGGGAGAUAUUCAGGGCCUUUUGUCGACCAAAUCCUGUUGCUCCGUAUGAACCGACCAUGAAGAUGAGGCACUUCCUCUGGAUGCUGAAAGAUUUAAGACUCGUAAGCAAGCAAUUAACCGCAACCAAAAUUGUGAAUAUACUGGCCAAAGACAGCCCUUGCGUGCGUGAUGGAGAUGACACUAACUUAGAACAUGAGCUUGUUUUCCUUGAGUUUUUUGAAGCUCUGCUAGACUGUGCCCUGUUGUACGUCACCGAUGAGAUGCUGAAACAGCAAGCAGAAGAAGCCAGUCGUUCAACAAGUACCUACAGAACAGAUGAGUUCAUAGACCCGGCUGCAGGGCCUCCUUUGGCUCAGGACAUUUCCUCUGGUCAGUCCAUUCAAACCAGAAGUAUAAGCAGUGGCGAAACAAGCACGGAGACCACAGAAAUCCAGCACGUCAAGGCUUCCACAAGCAAGAUCGUGCAUUUUGUGGAUGUUGGCAAGGGAAAGAAGUCUGAGAAAGGAAAAGGCAAGGAUGGAGGAAAAGAGGGCAAAGGAUCCCGGCACGGUUCAAAAUCUCCCAGUAAAGAAAAAAGGGUCUCUCCUCAGGCCAUUAGUGUCUCCUUCUCUGCUAUCGUGGAAGAGAAUGAAGAAAGUGCAGCUCAGUCUCUAUCAAGCGCGGAAGCAGGACAAGAUUCAAUUCUUAGCGCUCACAUGAAGGAAUUAGCAGAUGACCUCGAAAAGGCAAAGAACGAACAGAAGGCCAAACUUGAUUUAUGGAUGAGCCAGAUAUACAUCUUUUUUGUCAACAAAUUCUUUUCCGGCUACAAACACUUGGAAGUCGUGAAAGAAACCAUUAUAGACAACAGGAUCCGGCACGCUGAAUUCCUUGUGCUGAAGAAAAUCCAAGAAGCUGAAGAAGAAGCAAAGCUUAAUGCUAUGAGGGAGGCAGAAGAAGCCAGAAAGGUAGAAGAAGCUGCCGCAGCAGCACAAGCAGCUCUGGAGCUGGAGGAAAGUUUGUGCAGAGAGAUGGAGGAAGCAUCGAUACAGCUGCAGGCUUCGCCAAAGGAAGAAUCCCCUGUUUCACCACAGGCGCCGCCAAGCACCAAGACUAAAGAAGGUGGGAAGAAGAAGAAGAAGGCAUAAAAUGACAGUAUAUCAGGUUAUUGUACUGAGGCAUGCGGAAUCCAAAUGCUGCAAUUCAUGUUAGCUUUGGAUUACAGGAGUAAUAAAUAUCGGAGCAAUAAAACCGAGCAACUUUGUGAAGAAAACCACACACGGACAAUUCCAGACGCUGCCAGGUUUUUCCAAAGAACUUUCAAACACAACCGCUUUAAGCAGUCUUUCUUUCAUUUGGUUGCAAUACUGUGGAGUUACAUGAGACUAUAAGUCAAGAGGACUUGCUUGCAAGGAGACAGGCAUAGAAUUGCAAGUAUCCAAACUGCUGGUGUAAUGCCCAGGUAGGGUCAGCUAGGAAAAAAUAUAUGAAAGAAAUGGGAUUUCCACUUACAGUAUUUCCAAGUGAAAUGUGCAGGGGUGAGAUCACACUUUAAAUAUCUCACACCACUCCAUUUUUUAAUAAAAAAAGUUCAACACUGUUAAAAUAGAGAUGUUUAUUUUAGCUCUGAUUCAAGAAUGGGAUGUUUACGAUGCUUUCUGUAACUUCAGUAGAACCAAUGUAUAUAGAUUAAAAUAAAAUAAAGGGUAUGUGUUGUUAUUUCACACAACUUGGCUAUCCUGAAUAUCUGUUUCCAUGG